GUGGUCCUGAUGCUGAGCCUCCUCCUCCUGCUCCUGCUCCUCCUCUCUCCUGCAUCCCUCUUCCUUCCUUCCUUCGCAGCAUCCCUCCAUCCUUCCCGCCUGUGCUUUGGGGAGGAGGAGGAGGAGGAGGAGGAGGGGGAAGGCGGGCGGGCGGGCAGGGGGAUGGCAAAGCUUCCUCCACCUCAGCACCAUCCUCAUCCUCUAUGAGCAGCGGUGGCGUCGUCGGCGGGGAACCCGAGGGCAUGAAGGAUCUCGACGCCAUCAAGCUGUUUGUGGGCCAGAUCCCCCGCAACCUCGAGGAGAAGGACCUCAAGCCCCUCUUCGAGCAGUUCGGACAGAUCUACGAGCUCACGGUCCUCAAAGACCGCUACACAGGCAUGCACAAAGGCUGCGCCUUCCUGACCUAUUGUGCCCGAGACUCCGCCAUCAAAGCCCAGACGGCGCUGCAUGAGCAGAAGACGCUUCCAGGGAUGGCGCGGCCGAUCCAGGUGAAGCCGGCGGACAGCGAAAGCCGUGGAGGAGACCGGAAACUCUUUGUGGGCAUGCUGAACAAGCAGCAGUCGGAAGAAGACAUCCUCCGGCUCUUUGAGCCCUUUGGGGCCAUCGACGAAUGCACCGUCUUGCGGGGCCCGGACGGCAACAGCAAAGGAUGCGCCUUUGUGAAGUUCUCCUCUCAUACAGAAGCCCAGGCAGCCAUCCAUGCACUCCACGGCAGCCAAACGAUGCCCGGCGCCUCCUCCAGCCUGGUGGUGAAGUUUGCGGACACGGACAAGGAGCGGACGCUGCGCCGGAUGCAGCAGAUGGUGGGGCAGCUGGGCAUCCUCACCCCGUCCUUCGCCUUGCCCUUCAGCCCCUACGGGGCCUACGCCCAGGCCCUGAUGCAGCAGCAGACUGUCCUCUCGGCCUCGCACGGCAACUUCGUCAGCCCGACGCUCACCUUUUCUCCGUGCCACAUCCAGCAGAUCGGCACCGUCAGCCUCAACAGCUUACCCAGCUCUCCCAUCACACAGACGUCAGGUUUACACUCGCCCUCCCUGCUGGGCAGCACUGCUGUCCCGGGGCUGGUGGCCCCCAUCGCUAACAGCUUUGCCGGCGUGGUUCCCAUUCCCAGCAGCCACCACCCCAGCCUGGAGGCCGUCUACGCCAACGGGCUGGUGCCCUGCGCAGCUCAGAAUCCGUCGGUAGGAGAGGCGCUCCAUCCAGCCUUUACCGGAGUCCAGCAAUACGCAGCUGUCUACCCGGCGACGGCCAUCACUCCGGUAGCUCAGGCCAUCCCUCAACCUCUUCCCAUUAUUCAGCAACAGCAGCAGCAGCAACAACAACCACAACAACAACAACAACGAGAAGGUCCGGAAGGCUGCAACCUCUUCAUCUACCACCUCCCGCAAGAGUUUGGCGACAACGAGCUGAUGCAGAUGUUCCUUCCCUUUGGGAACAUCAUCUCCUCCAAAGUGUUCAUGGACCGAGCCACGAACCAGAGUAAAUGUUUCGGUUUUGUGAGUUUCGACAACCCCUCCAGUGCCCAGACCGCCAUCCAAGCGAUGAACGGGUUCCAGAUCGGCAUGAAAAGGUUAAAAGUCCAGCUGAAGCGGCCCAAGGACGCCGGUCAUCCCUACUGACCAGUCGGUUUCUUUUAUUGGUUGUCCAUGGUGUUUCUUCAUCAGGAAGGUUAGUCUGUCCAUGGUCUUUAUUUCCCAUACUUUUAAUAGACUUUAUUUUUCUAGGUGUUUUUUUAGUGAAAGACAUAGUUUGGAUGACUAUGUCUUUUGUGGCCAAAUUUGGUGUGAUUUGGUUCAGUGGUUUUGUUGUUUACUCCAUGGGAAUUACGCAAAUUUAUAUAUAGAUAUAUGUAAUAUUUUCCUCCUCAUUUCUCUUACUUUUAUAUUCCUUGUCGUUUCUAUUGUCUUUACAACUUGUCUCAUCUGUUCAACCAUUUCAAAGUUUCCUUCUUGAGCAGUAAUGGCAUGAUCGUCAACAUAGAUGAAACUCUCUGUCCCUUUUGUCAGUGGCUGAUCAUUUGUGUAAAUAUUAAACUUUGAUGAAGCAAACGUGCUCCCCUGAGGCAGGCCAUUCUUCUGUUCUCGCCAUCUUCUUUUCUGACUCUCGAACUCAACAAAAAAGCUCCUGUUUUGUAGCAGGUCGUUCUCUUAUUUGACUGAUGUUUUUCGGUGUUUUCCUCUCCAGGCGAAGACGGGCGACGCUCCACAAGUUCUUUUUUUUUUUCAAGAAAGAGAUCCCAAGGAAAAGGGUUGGACAAUGAUCCUCGCCAUCAAGUUCGGGAUCCCGUUUUGCGGCCCUCGUCCGUGGGAAAACUGGUGUAUAUAUAGAACGCGAAAGAGAGAGAGAUGGGGAUAUAUAAAUCGAUAUCACUCUAUAUAUUUUUUUUAAACCGCGGGGGAAAAAAAAAGAAAACCACGAACAUCGCGCUGCGACCAAACCUUUUUAUCCUUCCUUCUUGCUGCGGAAAAAAGAAGCGGGACCAUUUCCGAACCAUUGCGCCUGAUUUUCGGAACGAGAGAGACACGAGAGUGGCUCGGGAUCGAAACGGGGAGGAGCGCUUUCUCCUCUUUUUUUUGUUGGGAAGGAAUGGCAGACGAGGGAAGUCGAGUGCCUUUGGGCCGCCACCAUUCCCCCCUUCGAGACAGAGAUAUAUAUUCUGGACCCGAAAUGGCUGAUCACACUGCCUCGGAAACCUUUGGCAACCCCGACGUUUUCCGGCUCCGGACGACUCCAACCAGUAUGCAACGGAUAUAUGUGUAUGUAUAUCUCUUCUCUCUAUAUCUUUUAUUACCUAUACGACGCAGCACAAAAACAAAUCGGACAGCUUUGCACGGCCAAAGGUCGGAACGGGAUCCUCGCCAAUGUCAGGGUUGUCAAGGUCAUAGGAAAGCCUUCGACAAUUCGCCAACAUCCCCUAUUUCCUCGCCUAGGCCUUCUUUCUCAACGGGACUGGACCCAAAGCUUCUCGGGAGCGAGUCUCCGCUGUCGAAUGAAUGCAGUUUAAGCCCCACGGCUCGAGCCGUCACUUUGGCUUUUUUCGGGCCAAACUGCAUUGUGUCGACAAUGCAGACGCAGUUGAGGUUGCUCACAGACCCUGUUGAUAGACUUAAGCCUGAAUCCUGUUCUUACACUCAUUGGUUAUGGGCCCACUCUUCCCAUCGAUGUGUCCAAGGAGCGAAAACAAUCCUGGCCCGUCUCCCGAUUACCUUUUGUGGCCGAAAAGGCCUUCCAAUGUAAACACAUCGGUAUGUCGGACCCACAUCUUGGCUUUUUGGGAGUUUUUUCCGUCACCGCUUUCGGAUCUGAUCCUCGUGAUCCUCAGGGCUUCACUCCGAAGGAUGAAAUGUCAUUCAUUUCUGUGACAGCCCUAAAGUUUUGUCCCUUCUCUCUCCUUGCCUCCAUCCUUUGGGAUCAUAAUAAUAAUAACAAUAAUAAUAAUAAUCCCAAAGGAGAAGAAGAAUCUCAAAGGAUGAAAAUAAUAAUAAUCAACAACAAUAAUAUACUUUAUUUAUAUUCCACUCUAUCUCCCCGAGGGGACUCAGGGCAGAUUACAGAACCCACAGACGGUAAACAUUCAAUUCCGAUAUACAAUUAACAAGGACAGAUAAUACAUAAACAGAGGUAAAGGCUUUCCCCAUCUUUUUCCAUUUCCGGUAUCUGGAGGCUGUGCUGGUGCUCAGUCUUCCGUGCCGAGGAGUUUUGUUUUCCUCGCUAUCAAAUCGCAGGCGUGUCCUUAUGGGCGCCUUUUAUUAGCUCCCUGCUUAAAGCAGUACCUAUUUAUCUACUCACAUUUGUUUUCGAUCUGCUCGGGGCAGGGAGCUGGGGCUGACGGCGGGUGCUCACCCCGACCUGGGUGAACUGCCAGCUUUUCGAUCGAUAGCUUAGCGGCUUAACCUGAGCUAAGCCCGGCCCUAACAACAUCAACCAGCCUAAGGAUGAUAAUAAUAACAAUAAUAAUCCCAAAGGAUGAUAAUAAUAAUAAUAAUAAUAAUUAUUAUUAUUAUUAUUAUUAUUAUUAUUAUUAUUAUUAUUACCGUAGACACUUGGGAAGUGUCUGAUGUGUGAUCCAAUACAACAGCCAGCAGAGUGUCUGCUGUGGACUCAUCUUGUUGUGUUUCUAUUAUUAUUAUUAUUAUUACUAUCCUAGACACUUGGGAAUCACACGUCGGACACUUCCCAAGUUUCUAGGAUAAUAAUAAUAAUUAUAAUUAUUAUUAUUAUCCUAGAAACUUGGGAAGUGUCCGACGUGUGAUCCAAUACAACAGCCAACAGAGUGUCUGCUGUGGACUCAACUUGUUGUGUUUCUAAUAAUAAUAAUAAUAAUAAUAAUAAUAAUAAUAAUAAUAAUCCCAAAGGAUGAUAAUCAUCAUGAUACCAAAGGAUGAUACUAAGAAUCAUAAACCCAAGGGUUAUUGUUGUUGUUCAUAAUAUAAUUCCGAAGGCGGAGAGGGAGAAAACUUUAAGACCCUCAUGGAAAUUUAUUUAUUUACGAUAUUUAUACCCCGCUCUUUUCACCCAGAACACACAUAAGGCAAAACUGCAAUGCCGGUUGUACAACUAACAAGGAUAGACAACACAAACAGAGGCAAAGGCAUCCAAGUCUUUCCCAUCUUAUUUCCGGCAUCUUUCAUGCCAAGGAGGUGCCUUUAUUACCGCCUCGCUAAAAGCAGUACCUAUUUAUCUACUUGCAUUUCUGCUAGGUGGGCAGGUGAGCUGAGGCUGAUGGUGGGUGCUCACCCCCAACCCGGGCACGAACUGCCGACCUUUCGAUCGGCAGGAUUUUUCUGCAGCACAGACAUUUCUACCUUUGGAGUGAAGUCACGAGUGAAAUUAUAAUGACAAAUGACAAUAAUAACCCUAAAAGAUAAUCAUGACAACAAUGACAAUCCCAGAUUACUAUCAUCAUCAUCAUCAUCAUCCUUUAUUAUUAUUAUUAUUAUUAUUAUUAUUGAUUAUUAUGGAUUAUUAUCCUCUGGGUUAUUAUUAUAAUUAUACAUACUUUGGAAUUAUUAUUAUCCUCCUCCUUUUGGAUGAUGAUGAUGCUGAUUAUCCUUUGGGGUUAUUAUUAUUAUUAUUAUACAUACUUUGGUAUUAUUAUUAUCCUCCUCCUCCUUUUGGAUGAUGAUGAUGAUGAUGAUUGUCCUUUGAGGUUAUUAUUAUUAUUAUACAUACUUUGGAAUUAUUAUUAUCCUCCUCCUUCUGGGUUAUUAUUAUUAUUAUUAUUAUUAUUAUCAUCAUCAUCACCAUCCUUUGAGGUUAUUAUUAUACAUACUUUGGGAUUAUUAUUAUCAUCUUCCUCCUUUUGGAUGAUGACAAUGAUGAUGAUGAUGAUUAUCCUUUGGGGUUAUUAUUAUUAUUAUUAUUAUUAUUAUUAUUAUUAUCAUCAUCAUCAUCAUCAUCCUUUGGGGUUAUUAUUAUACAUACUUUGGGAUUAUUAUCAUCUUCCUCCUUUUGGAUGAUGAUGAUGAUGAUUAUUAUUAUUAUUAUCCUCUGGGGUUAUUGUUAUUGUUAUACAUACUUUGGGAUUAUUAUUAUUAUCAUCCUCCUCCUUUUGGAUGAUGAUGAUGAUGAUUAUUAUUAUUAUUAUUAUUAUUAUCCUUUGGGGUUAUUACUAUUAUCAUCCUUUUGGAUUAUUAUUAUUAUUAGCCUUUGGGAUUAUUAUUAUCAUCAUCAUCCUCCUUUUGGGUUAUUAUUAUUAUUAUCAUCAUCAUCAUCCUUUGGGGUUAUUAUUAUUAUUAUUAUACAUACUUUGGGAUUAUUAUUAUUAUUAUUAUUAUCCUCAUCCUUUGGGGUUAUUAUUAUUAUUAUACAUACUUUGGGAUUAUUAUUAUUAUUAUCCUCAUCCUUUUGGGUUAUUAUUAUUAUUAUUAUUAUUAUUAUUAUUAUUAUUAUUAUUAUUAUUAUUCUUUUGGAUAAUAGCCCAUCCUCUUCCUCCAUCGAAAGCCAAGGUCUGACCAAAAAGAGGAUAAAUAGCGGGACGCAACCUUCCAUCGGAAACCACGCUCCGUUCGGACUCUAUACUUCAAACAUUCCUGUUGUGUCUGUGUUUGUGUGUGUGAGAAAAGACGAGUGUUGUGUGUGUUGGGGUUGAUGGGAGUUGUAGUCCAACAAACCUUGCCGGGAAGCCUCUCCCUCCGAGUCGAGGGACAAACAAUUCGGACAUUUCGAGACAUGGUUAUUUCUUAACCCAUUGAGUUUCAUUUCCUUACUGGUUUUUUAGUUCUCGAGACCUUAAAACAGAGGAUAAUGGGUUCCUGUUGUCGGGAAACAGCACAAAAAUCAGAUUAAUUCCCCCAAAUGUUCCAGGAAUGUUCCUGGUCGAGAUCAGAAAUGGGAAUAUAUAUAUAAUUAUGCAAAACCCCGCUUCUUAUAAGGGCAAAACAACCUAUGCAACCAAUCUGUAAGUUAUGGUUUUAUUGGACUGUCAGUUUGGUUUUAUUUUUGGGAAAAUAUUAUUUGUAUUAUUUUACAAUUUAUUAUUGCUUACAUUGUGCUGUCGGAGGUUUUCAUGGCGGGAAUCACUGGGUUGCUGUGAGUUUUCCGGGCGAUUUGUGGGUGAAACGUCAGGAGAGAAUGCUUCUGGGACAUGGCCAGAAAACUCACAGCAACCCAGUGAUUCUGGCCAUGAAAGCCUUCGACAACACAAUAAUAAUAAUGAUGGUGUUGGGACAUUGGCAAAGUGGCAAAAUAAUAAAAUAAUAAUAAUGACGUUGGGACAUUGGUAAAAUAAUAAUCAAUAGAAUAAUAAUAAUGACAUUGGCACAUUGGUUAAGAAUAAUAAUAGUAAUGAUGGGUUUCCCCCCUGUUUUUUUCCCCCCUGGGCUUUUCUUAAGUCUCGUUGGGUUAUUGAAGCUUGAUUUAAUAAUAAUAAUAAUAAUAAUAAUAAUAAUAAUAAUAAUAAUAAUACCUACUACUACUUUAUUUUUAUAUCCCAACCUGAGUCCCUUUGGGGAGAUGGUGGCGGGAUAUAAAAAUAAAGUUGUUGUUAUUAUUAUUAUUAUUAUUAUUAUUAUUAUUAUUAUUGAAACAAAGACAUAGUAUGACACAGCAAACGAGAUCCAUAUGCUGGAUUUCGUAUCACAAAAUAACAAGUCUAUUAUUAUUAUUAAUAUUAUUAUUAUUAGUGACACAAAGACAUAGUAUGACACAGCAAACAAGAUUUAUAUGCUGGAUUUCAUAUCACAAAAUCACAAGUCUAUUAUUAUUAUUAUUAUUAUUAUUAUUAUUAUUAUUAUUAGAGACACAAAGACAUAGUAUGACACAGCAAACGAGAUCUAUAUGCUGGAUUUCGUAUCACAAGUUGAACACUAUUAUUAUUAUUAUUAUUAUUAUUAUUAUUAUUAUUAUUAUUAUUGAUACAAAGACACAGUAAACGAGAUCUAUGUGCUGGAUUUCGUAUCACAAAAUCACAAGUUAUUAUUAUUAUUAUUAUUAGUGACACAAAGACACAGCAAACGAGAUCCAUAUGCUGGAUUUCGUAUCACAGAAUCACGUCUAUUAUUAUUAGUAUUAUUAUUAUUAUUAUUAUUAUUAUUGACACAAAGACAUAGUAUGAGACAGCAAACGAGAUCUAUAUGCUGGAUUUCGUAUCACAAAAUCGUAAGUCUAUUAUUAUUAUUAUUAUUAUUAUUAUUAUUGACACAGAGACAUAGUAUGACACAGCAAACGACAUCUAUAUACUGGAUUUCGUAUCACAAGUUGAACACUAUUAUUAUUAUUAUUAUUAUUAUUAUUAUUAUUAUUGACACAACGACAUAGUAUGACACAGCAAAUGAGAUCUAUAUGCUGGAUUUCGUAUCACAGAAUCACAAGCCUAUUAUUAUUAUUAUUAUUAUUAUUAUUAUUAUUGACACAAAGACACAGCAAACGAGAUCUAUAUGCUGGAUUUCGUAUCACAAAAUCACAAGUCUAUUAUUAUUAUUAUUAUUAUUAUUAUUGACACAAAGACAUAGUAUGACACAGCAAACGAGAUCUAUAUGCUGGAUUUCGUAUCACAAAAUCACAAGUAUUAUUAUUAUUAUGAUUAUUAUUAUUAUUAGUGACGCAAAGACAGCAUGACACAGCAAACGAGAUAUAUAUGCUGGAUUUCAUAUUAUUGUUAUUAUUAUUGACACAACGACAUUGUAUGACACAGCAAACGAGAUAUUAUUAUUAUUAUUAUUAUUAUUAUUAUUAUUAUUAUUAUUAUUAUUAUUAUUAUUACCAAAGUGUUUGUACAUCCCAGAUUUGGAGAAAUAGCAAGUUGUUUGAUCUCAAGGAAGAGAGAGGCUUCCCUCCAAACCAGCACUAAUGGGUUGUGCAUCUACACUGUCGAAUUAAUGCGGUUUAGCACCACUUUGGCUGCUACAGAACGGUGGGAAAGCUGCGUUAAUUCGUCGGUGUGGACAGUGGAUGGAUGUGUGGUGAAUCGUGGUGUGAGUGGCUUGUGCGGCUGUGUCUUUCCUCCGAAAAAGUCCACGUUUACAAACGGUGUAAAUACAGGUGUUUUUUGAUACUUACCUUGUCGAUUUCCGUCCGUGAUUUGUACCAUUGUCGUUACGAUUUCUGCGAAUGGAGUACUUUCAUGACGGCCGAACCUUCCUUUUUUUGAACUUGAAAAACAGAUGACAGAUAUAUAUAUAUAUAUAUACACACACACCAAUCUAUAUAUAUCUAUCUUAAUUCCUCGCACCCAUGACUCUUGACCCCCCCCCCCCCCAUAUCCUGACACUUACACUCGGAAAGAAUUCAAAACACUGACUCCAGUGGAAACAGAAUAAAAAAGCACACUUCUCCA